UCAAAAGCAACAACAACCUUAGGGUUAAAGCACUAGUCUCUUUUUUUCCUUUUUUUGCUGCCGAUCAACUUAUAUGGCCCCAACGACCUGUCGCCCCCCGCGGCUGUUGCUACUCUUCGCAAUAAUCAUCCACUCACAAAACAACAACAACAAUACAUACCAACUUUCACUUUUUUCUUAUUUUCUUCCAAGAAAAUUGAAAACUUUUAAAGAAUGGCCACACAGUUUCCUUCAAAAUAAAAUUUAUUUGUACUGCUAAAAAGCCUGAGAAAAUUAAAAUGAAUAAAAUUAAAAUUGAACGAAUCGAAGAAACUUCAAAUUGGACUUCUACCUCUAAAAAUGCAAAAAUAACAGAGGAGCAACUUCGAAGGAAUUGUCGAUGUUUAAUUGAUACAAGCUCUCCAGCUGCAUUGGAACGUGAUUUUUAUGCCUGGCUUAAUGGUAUCGAGCCUGAUACAGACAUUUCUCGUCCAUGCCUUUUUGCAACCAAUUCCUCUACCUUUCCCUCUACAAUUUCAUCAACAACAACCCCAAUAGAAGAACCACCAGCAUUUCUAAUCCCAAUGGAAUAUUCAGCCUCAAUUCCAUCCACUAUAUAUUACUCUUCUUCCUCUUCAUCAUCAUCUGCCGCCUCUUCUUCCUCAAUAAGCCCCGGGAACUCUAAUAUUUUUUGUAAUAAUUCUUCAAUUAUUUCUUCUUGUUCGCAUCAAUUAGGAUUUUAUAAUCAUUUAAUAUUAAAUAAUAAUCAGCAACAACAAUGUACAACAGUAAAAAGGGCAAGAAAUAAUCAGAACAAUUGCAAAAAUGAAUGUAGUAACAACAAUAAAGUACGAAGAAAGAGAAAUGUUGACAAAGGUGGUGUUAAUUAAGUAUAUUAUAUUAGGUUUAUAUUGAUGG